AUGCAAGCAGGAGCGCAAGGAGGGGUGCAGCAAGCAGGGGUGCAGCAAGCAGGGGUGCAGCAAGCAGGGGUGCAGCAAGGAGGGGUGCAGCAAGGAGGGGUGCAGCAAGGAGGGGUGCAGCAAGCAGGGAUGCAGCAAGGAAGGAUGGGAGGAGCAUCAGCAGCAAUGGGCGUACAAAGAGCAGGAGAGGGGGCACGAGGAGCAGGAGAGGGGUCUUUCCCCAGCCAGUCUCCUGGUCAACCCGCUGCAGCACAGAACCAACCACCCUCCCACCUGCAACAUCCACAGCAGCACCAGCAACAGCAUCAUCAUCAGCAGCAGCAGCAGCAGCAGCAGCAGCAGCAGCAGCAGCAGCAGCAGCAGCAGCAGCAGCAGCAAGAGCAGGUGAGGCCAGGGCAACAGGCAGUGCAAUUGCAGGCACCCCUUCGUGCAUCCACACCCACACACGGGCCUGCAUUUGAGGCGCCUCAAAAGUCAACUCCCAUUGCAUCCACACCCACACACGGCCCUGCAUCCCUCCAUGCUUCCACGCCUGCUCCCUCCCCUCUUCAAGUGCCCAAAGCUGCAGCACCCCCGCCCUCUCCUUCCCUGCAAGUCUCCAGAAAUCCACAGGCCUUUCCCUCUCCCUCUCCCUCUCAUUCUCCCACCCCCUCUCCCUCGUUACACACGCUAAAGCCAGCUGCCUCUCCUCUCCUUCAAGUAUCAAGGCUCGGCCCUUCCCCACACCAGCAGCAGGCUGUAAGGGCAGCAGGGUCGCCUUUCCAGCAAGCAGCAAGAUUCCAGCAGGGGGUUUCUUCCGAUCAAAGACCUGCCUCUCCUGCCCUGCAAGCGCUGACACAAGGGCCCUCCCAUUCGUUUCGGCCCGUCAAGCCAGCAGCGUCGCCUGCGCUACAGCCGUUGGUGCAUUCAACCAUGGAGGCGUCUCAAAGCUCGCCUGUGCUACAACCGGCGGUCACUCCAAUGCAGCGAGCUCAAUGUGCCAAUUCAACUGGUGGGACCGAGGAAGGGGAUGGUGCUGCUGGUGGUGGUGCCGGUGCUGGUGCCGGUGCUGGUGCCGGUGCUGGUGCUGGUGCUGUGAAUGGGGUUGGGACCAGAGGCAGCAGUGGUGCUGCGAGCUAUGGUAACGCCCCCAGCAGUACAUCUGGAGCUGCUGUGAGCGCGAGUGUUGGGAGAGCAGCGGGCAGGGACGGUGCAAGAGCUGGGGGGGUGCGGAAGGAGAGAGGAGGAGAGGUUGGAGGAGCUGCGGAAAGUGGCUUAGGCACGGCAAGGCCAUCUCCCAAUUGUGUGUUGCAACCGGCAUUCAGCCAGGCAGAAAGUGGAGGGGGUGACAGCACUCCUGUCACAAGGCCUUCCCCCGGUCCUGUGGUCAUGCAGUCCCAUAGGCUGCUGUCACCGGUGCAAGUGGGAGCACCACAAACCUUACACGCACACAGGAGAUAG